AUUGCAGCGUCCAGCAUGCUGGAUUGAGCGUAGGUAAAAGAAAAAGCAGACAGCAUUUCAACAUGAGGGACCCACUGACGGACUGUUCGUACAAUAAAGUAUACAAGAGCCUGAAGGAGUUUGCCCAAAAUGGAGACAAUUUCUGCAAGCAGAUCACAUCCGUUCUUCAGCAAAGGGCCAACCUGGAGAUUAGCUAUGCCAAAGGGCUUCAGAAACUGGCCGUCAAGCUCAGCAAAGCACUACAGAACACAAAGAGAAAAAAACUUGGCAAAGCAAUUGAGUCGGAAGCGAUAAAGCCGACACACCAAGUCCUGAGUAUGCAAGAGAAGAAGAGAAAGUCGCUUGAUAAUGAAGUGGAAAAGACAGCAAAUCUUGUUAUUAAUAACUGGAAUCAGCAAAUCAAGGCUAAGAAAAAAUUAAUGAUGAGUACCAAGAAGCAUGAAGCACUUUUCCACCUUGUAGAAAGCUCCAAGCAAUCCCUGACCCAGAAGGAGAAGCAGAAGCUCCUCAACAAGCUGAAAAAAUCAACUGAAAAACUGGAAAAAGAAGAUGAAAGUUACUACCAAAAAAACAUGGCAGGCUAUUCUACCAGGCUGAAGUGGGAAAGCACCCUGGAAAACUGCUACAAGAGCAUGCUGGAGCUGGAGAAGGAAAGGAUUCAACUUUUAUGCAAUAACUUAAACCAAUACAGCCAACAUAUUUCUCUUUUUGGACAAACGCUGACCACAUGCCACACACAGAUCCACUGUGCCAUCAGCAAGGUUGAUGUUGAAAAAGAUAUCCAGGCUCUAAUGGAAGAAACUGCAGUCCUGUCUAUAGAAAACAAAUCAGAGCUUCUACUGGCUGACUACUUUGAAGAAGAUCCAAAGAACCCAAUGGACAAAGAGCGACGGAAGUCUUUAAUCAAACCCAAACUGGGGAGACUGCAAAGAGACAUUGAAAAGGCCUCAAGAGACAAAGAAGGACUGGAACAGAAGCUUAAGGCACUUGCCAGCAGCUCCUCCUUUUCUGAUGCCAAGAGCCAGAAAGACACGGAAACCCUAAUGGACGAGAACAGUCUGAAACUAGACCUCUUGCAAGCGAACUCCUACAAACUGUCGUCGGUGUUGGCAGACCUGGAGCAAAGGCCAAAGCCCCGCCAUCCCUGUAGCACCUGCAUUUUCACGUGGAAGGAGAAGGAGCACUCUCAUACUUAUGUGAAAAUAUCCCGACCUCUUUUGACGAAGAGAUUAGAGAAAGCCGAGAUCAAAGCCCCUGCGGGCGGGCAGAACAAUCCAAGCUCACCUUCAGGCUCUACUGUGUCCCAAGCCAGCAAGCAUCUUUGCAAAGCCUUAUAUACCUUCCAAGCCAGGCAAGAUGAUGAGUUGAAUUUGGAAAAAGGAGACAUCGUGACCAUCCAUGAGAAGAAAGAAGAAGGAUGGUGGUUCGGCUCUUUAAAAGGGAAGAGAGGCCAUUUUCCUGCUGCCUAUGUGGAGGAGCUACCUCCAAAGGCUGGAAACACAGCUACACAGGCAUAAAACAAGAAUGGAUGGACACACAGAAUGACCUUGCACAUUCUGUAAACAAUGUGAUGCAAAAAGAGGAAGCUAUCCUCUUUGCAAAUUUUUCUUAUGCAGUGGGUGGUAGGGACCUGCCUGCAUUUCAGUGCUCUGUACGUGGGGUUAUUAACUUCAGUUAAAUAAAAGACAGCUGGGUUGAAUGAGACAAUGUUUAUAGGUUCCUAGACCUUCUAAAAUCUAAAACCCUAGAGAUUGUCUACCCGUGACAAAGAGGAGACGGAUUGCCUGAAGUUCUAUCACAAUCUGUAAGCACACAGGAAGUAAAAUGUAGGUGCCCUUUUAUCUCUAGCUUUGGGUGGCAACUGGAAACAGCAGGCCUCUAAGCGGUCAAGCAAAGCCUGGAAAAUAAGAAAGGCCACAGACCAAAGUCAGAGUUAACAGUGACAGGCAAGGGAGAUUCAUUGUAAGACACAAGUUGUAAAGCACAAUAAAGGAUGAGGAGCCAGGCCCCAAAGCCCACUGGGUUAAAGACAGGGUGUGACACAAGAAGUCCAGUCUAGAACCUCAAAAAGUCCAGUCUAGAAC